AUGAAGACCUUCAUCACCCUCGCUGCUUUCGCUGCCGGCACCAAUGCCCUCGUUGGUCGCGGUGACAGCUGCUGCUUCCACCUCACUGCCUCUGGUGAUGCAUCUGGUUCCGUUGGCCAGCUGAGCGACGGCCAGAACCGCAUUGGUGAUAACAGCCUGUCUUCUGCUGACUACUGUAUCAACUCAAGCGGUGGCGUCACUGAUAGCCACGGCCGUGGCUCCCCCACCACCCAAUGGCAGUGUGAUGAAGGUGCCUCGCCCACCACCGGCUUCUCUAUUGCCUCUAACGGCGCGCUGGAGUACCAUGGAAGUAACAGUUUCAUUGCCUGUGAGACUGGUCAGAAUGGCGGCAGGAACAUCUACACCACCAACAGCACUUCCGUGACUCAGUGCAAGAGCAUCAAGCUCACUGCUGAUUCUUGCUCUGGCUCCGGUGCUGGUGCUUCCGGCUCUUCCUCCUCUACCAUUCCGUCUGCUAGGAGCUCCUCUGCUGUGGGCUCCUCUGCUGUGAGCCCCUCUGCUAUGAGUUCGGCUACCCCGUCCCCUAGCCCUGCUUACUCUUCUUCCGCGGCAUCUGCCCCUGCUUACUCUUCUUCCGCGGCAUCUGCCCCUGCUUACUCUACUUCCGCGGCAUCUGCCCCUGCUUACUCUUCUUCCGCGGCAUCUGCCCCCGCUGGCUCUGCCCCCGCUGGCUCUGCCCUCGGUGGCUCUGCCCCCGGUGCUAGCUCUGCUCACCCCAGUGGCCCUGCUAGCCCGGCUGGGUGCCUGACCGGCUCGCCCGUGACUACCACUGUCACUGUGACGGCUUCGGACUGCGCCUGUGCCACCUCUGCUCCUGCUGCUGGUGGUGUCGGUGCCGCCGGUAGUGGAUCUGCUCCUAGCUCGGCCCCUGCCGGUGGUGCUGGUGGUUCCCCUGCUCCUACUUCAUCUGUUCCUGCUGCCGGCACUGGUGGCAGUGGUUCUGGCUCUAGCAGCAUUGCUCCCUCUGCUCCUGCUAGCAACGUCCGGCCUUCCGUUCCCGCUGGAGUUCAAUUCUCCUCGAGCGCUGCCCCUGCUCCUUCUGCCUCUGCCGGUGGCAUGCAAUCCUCGAGCAAUGCCGCUCGGCCCUCGACUAUGAGCAGUGUCGCCGCUACCUCUGCCUCGAGUGCCCCCUCUCUCACUUCCUCCGCUGGCGGCCACUGCCCUACCACCUUGACCUCCGGUAACUACCAGUACCCUCACCUGAUCAUCCCCAUCGACUCGUCCGCGCCCACCACUGCUGCCGGUACCUCAUACAACGGCACCGUGUCCUCGACCAUCUCGACCAUCUUCAACUUUGAUAUCCCUGCCUACUACAGCGACAAGACCUGCAGCCUGGUCUUCCUCUUCCCCAAGAAGGCCGACCUCGAGACCUCCUCCUACAGUUUCAGUGGUGACGGCAAGAUUGACAUCUCCAAGCUGUCCUCUGUUGCCACCGAGUCCACCGAUUACAGCAACGCCCCCUCGGUUGCUCAGGACUUGGGCUCCCUUACCAUCUCGCCCGGCAACUCCUAUGUGCUAACCACUUUCGCCUGCCCCGCUGGCGAUGCCAUUGCCUACGAGAUGAAGAACGCUGGCAGCACCAACCUCAACUUCUUCGAGGACUGGAACCCCUCUCCUCUUGGUCUGUUCAUCACCAGCUGCUGA